UACCACAGGUGUGGCAACGGGAAACAGGUAAACUGCUGCAGACUGCACGGUUGUGGUAGUAAAGUCACUAGAUAUUCUUCAAGCUGUGGACAAGUGUCAGAAAGGAACCAGAAACGGCCGUCACUCGUGAUUUGUUUGUUCGGAGGAAGGAAGCGUCUUGGAGGGAGAAAAGAAAGCAAAGACUAUAAUUAUCUCCGACCGAUUUUUCUGCUCCUUUUCACUUGGGGCCAGUUCGAAAAAGAACGCGGCUCCGUAGGUCGUCUGAAAACACUGAGGGGUUGUGGUAGUCACUGGCUUUGUUUUUGUCUCAAGCUCAGCCUGUGGAUUAAUUUUACAUUUGAAUUAUCGUAGGAAUUUUUUUACAGUUUUCUAAUUGGAGCCUACUGGCGCGUUCCUGUUGAAAGUUCAGUUUUGUGCAUUUCAGAGCUUUGCAGUGUACAACAGUAGCAACAAAGAUGGGUGACAUUGACUAUGAGAAUGCGGAGCAGGAGGACAGCAGUAAGCCGGAGAUAAAUGAACAGGAAGAGACGGGAUGCUUUAGGAAGUUCCAGAAUUUGAUCAUCCCACCAGAGUUUCGGGACCGGUACAUGCAACGUGCUAACUGCUGCCCACCUCCGAUCUUCAUCAUUGCCAUCAGUAUUGCAGAGUUGGCAGUGUUUAUCUACUAUGCCGUGUGGAAGCCUCAUAAGCAGUGGGUGACCCUGGAUGUAAGCAUCUGGAAAAGUCCUCUCACCUACGAUCCUUCCAAAAGACAGGAAGCAUGGCGGUUCUUUUCCUACAUGUUCGUCCACGCUGGUGUGGGGCACAUCUUCGCCAACUUAGUGAUGCAGCUCUUGCUUGGGAUCCCACUGGAAAUGGUCCACAAAGGGCAAGAAGUAGGAUCGGUUUACCUGGCUGGUGUCCUUGCAGGGUCUUUGGCCAGCUCCAUCUUUGAUCCGCUCACUGUUUUGGUUGGGGCUUCUGGGGGUGUUUAUGCACUAUAUGGAGGUUAUUUCAUAAACGCAGUGGUGAAUUUCAAACAGAUGAAACUUAUUUUUGGAGUGACUCGAAUCCUCGCCGUUGUUUCAAUUGUUGUUGCAGAUUUCAGCUAUGCCUUAUACAGAAGAUUUGCCAAUUUAGAGGGAGGUGUACAGGUGUCGUUUGUGGCUCAUUUGGGAGGAAUUGUUGCUGGGCUGACUAUCGGAUACAUCUUCUUCAUUGAUUUCAAUACGAAGCUGUGUAAAAACCCACUUUUCUGGCUCUGCAUAUUUGGAUAUGCUGCCUUCCUUAUCUUCGCUGUGUUCUUCAACAUCUUCAUCUCUCCUGCACCAUAGAUCUGGAGAAGAUUUCACCCAAAGCUGUUGGGCCACUUGCAUGCAGUCAAAGUCACAUUGUAAAGAGAGUUUCAUUCUGUAUUGCACUUGGUGACAACCAACCAAGCAAGGAAGGCUACACUGAUGCCGUGACAAGCAAGGAGGGUUACACAAACACUAUAGACAAAAAAAGAGGUGUUUUGAAUAUUUACCGUAAUCAAAUCAUCUUUGAUUUUUCCAGAUGAGAUGUUAAACUUUCUUAAUUUCCAUAUACUGAUUUGAUGGGAACCAUUGUUUGUUUCGUUUGCAUCAACAUCUCUCAUCCAGUAUUAACAAAACUCCUCUAAAUGUGAAUUAUUGUUCACAAAGAUCACAUCUUCAAACCUUAUUAACAACCUUAAACUACUACAGAGCUUUUAUCAUUAGGUCUCAUUUUAUGCCUCAUUUAUUUUGCUGUAUCCUGUUAAAGGAACAAUGAAAUGUCCGGUAAGAUGUAAAACAGAUUGUGGACACACCAGUUAUUGCAACUUAUCGAUCACUACGUCUUGAUAUUGUUACCUCAUGUCAACUUUGUAAACACAUUUAACUGUAAUUUCUGUUCUUUUUUUUCUAUUUUCUGUAAGGGUGAUAACUAAAUACUAGCUUUAAAAAUAGUGUAUUUUUGUAGGCCUGGUAACCUACAAAAAAUAGGUUUGGUAACCUGUAGGUUUUUGUUUGCUUUUGAAUUUUUAUAUCAGGGUUUUUAAAUAAAGUUAGUUUAAUGGAAUGUGUAUUACAACGAUUGACCUGGUUUCCUUCUGAAAUAAAGGAAGCAUUUUAAUGUGUCAAGAAACUUGUAUUUUCAUGUUGUAGUCAUUUUUAUCAACUGUCUGUAUAAAGUUUGCAGUUUCUAAACUGAACUCAAUUA